AUGAAAAACCAAAUGCCAAUGCAAAUGGAUUGCUGUAUGCAAAUGGAUAAUAGCUAUAGUAUGGAUAGUUAUGGUGGUGGAGGAGGAGGUGGUGGUGGCUAUGGCGGUGGUGGUGGUAGUGGUGGAGGAGGUUAUGGUGGCUCUAGUGGUGGUGGUGGAGGAGGCUAUGGUGGGUCUAGCGGUGGUGGAGGAGGCUAUGGUGGGUCUAGUGGUGGUGGAGGAGGCUAUGGCGGGUCUAGUGGUGGUGGAGGAGGUGGUUAUGGCGGGUCCAGUGGAGGAGGAGGAGGUUAUGGUGGUUCAAGUGGUGGUGGAGGAGGUUAUGGUGGUUCAAGUGGUGGAGGAGGAGGAGGUUAUGGUGGUUCAAGUGGUGGUGGGGGUGGCUAUGGAGGCAGUAGUGGUGGCGGUGGCGGCAGCAGUGGUGGUUAUGGCGGUAGCGGUGGUAGUAGUAAAGGAAAAGGAGGCGGUGGUGGUUAUGGUGGCGGUGCCGGCGGUUAUUAG